AUGAUCAUCACGCGCGGUAUUUCCCUUAUCAACUUCGGAGUGGCCUCGUCCGCACUCGCCUUUCAAGUUUUCGUUCUAUACCCGUGGCACAAUCAGCUCGACGACGAGUUCAAGGCCCUGAAGCAGGAGCAUAUCCGAGUCCUACAGAAGUUCGAACAGAAGGCGGUCCAAUAG